ACAUGAAGGGUGUUGGACCUUGCUUUGUAAGGGACGAGACGCAACCCUAACCCUCUUGGAGCUAUCUCACCGAGUAAUCCUCUCGUCUUCCUUUCAUCUUCUUCCUCUCGUCUCAUAUCACCAAUGGACUGGUAAAAAAUCACUGCGUACAUCCAGUGGGGACUCUCGUCGCACAGCGACAUCAACAUCGGAGGCUCGGCUCUCUGAGCCAUGACACGUCAAGCAUUGCGGCCGAUGUCCAGGCAGCCGGACUGUGGCUGUGGGUGCUAGGGGCUGCUCAGCUCAACUCAGCAACUCAGCGGACCCCACCAACAAAUGCAGCUGCCCCGACCAAAAGGGCAUGGGUCGUCCGCCUGCGGCCUGUUGGCUGCGCACUCGCAGUCGUGGAGGGGGCUGAAAACCGAUGGGGGGGCAGGGCCCGAUCCUUUAAUGGGCCGCGUCGCUCGGAUUCUGCUCACCCGGCACGAGGCUCGUCCUUCACUGAUUUAAAUUCGACAUUGAGCAUCCGGUGCUCGGGCGAAUUGAGCAGCCUCGCCGAGUGAGCAGCCUCACCGACGGUUCCGGCUGCGCGGCCCACUCCACACGCAACAUGUCGUCGCUCGACCUCGACCAGGUGCUCUAUGCGCGCGCGAGAUGGCGCAAGGCCGUGCUGGUGCCGCUGUGGACUUUCCAGCUCGCAGUUUUGCUGGGUCUCAUGGGCAUCUUUGCCUACCGCCUGGCGGAGACCUUCGAGCACUAUGAGGAGAAGGACCAGCUGGGCCAGGUACCCAUUGUCGAGGUGGUCUGGGAAGCCACUAAUGUCGGCUUCAACCUCAUCGCGCUGGUCCUCAACAUCGUCGAGAUCGCGCACAAGGCCACCGAGAGGCUGACGCCCUUCACCAUGGUCUGCACGCACGUUGUCAAGCUGACCCUCUCGCUCGCUGUGCUUGCGCUCGAUAUCGUCGCGUACCUGCAGCACAUGGACGGGGAGUACUCGACCAUCGGCCUGGCGCUCGACUGCGGGCUCCUCGCCGCCACCAUCGGCGCAUUCAUCUACGCCCUGACCGUCUACCGCCGCCUGCUCAAGUACGAAGAGUACCACCUCACCGCCAACGCCAAGGGGCACGGCUACGUGACCGGCGGCCCCCGGGCCCGCGAAUCGGUCGAGCUAGGCUACAACCGGGCCGGCGCCGUGCUGCCCGUGCCCAUCACCUCGCCCGAAUACCGCUACUCCGACUCGGGCUACCCAUCCCAAACCACCGGCACCCUCCCGGCGAUCCGCACGAGCGACGCGUCCCUCAAACAGGAGGUCGACCGCGCGCUGGGCCACGAGUUCGGCUGGAGCAGCAGCAGCAGCGGCCCGGGCGCCGCCGCCAGCAACGCCCCUGCUGGCCCCCACCACCAGCACCACCAGACCAGCAAUGCCGGCAGCAGCACCGGCCGCUCCGGCAGCGUGGUCGUCGCCAGCGGGACGGUGGCGCACCACGGCCUGGUGGCGGCGCCGGCGCCGAGCGAGCUGCACCGGCAGCGCAGCUGGGUGACCGAGCGCGGCGUGAUUGCCGAGGGGGACGAGGAGGCGGAUGAGGAUGAGGAUGGGAAUGGGGGGGAGGAAGACGGCGGGGAUGGGAGGGUCAUGGGCCGGGUGGGAGGGGAGGCCGGGCAGGCGAGGGUGGAGGAUCGGGAGGGGCUGUUGCGUGGGUAGAGGGCCCUCGUUUGCUUGGUCGGUAAUAGGGAAGAAAGUGGUGUUAUGGAUGGGGCUGGAUGGAUGGAUGGAUGGAGUUAGGAGUUCACCCUGGAUUGGAUAUGAUACGGAGGUCGAAUAUUAAUGCUGGAUAUACAAACCAAAAACCACCCACAUGGUAAUGUCUUCCCCCUCGCUCCCCCCUCCAGAAAGAAAAAAGCCGUGAAACACCACGAACUCCCUACCGCUUCUUCCACCUCACCCUCCCCACCCACCCCACAAA